GAGGGAACGGGUGAACCGCUCAGUGACUGAAAGACGGUGUGAGAGGAGAUGGUGGGAGGGGAGCAGGGCCUUGGGCAGAUCAAAUCCUGAUCUUAAUUCCAGCUCAAUGGAGAAUCUCUCCACAACUGUUUAUUUCAGUUUCUCCAGGCAGAUUACAACCAUGAUUGCAGAGAGACAGAACAAAGCUGAGAUGUGCGAGGCAAGUUUUUUAUAGAGUGGUGGGUGCCUGGAAUGCGUAACCAGGGUGAUAGUGGAGGUUUCCAGCAUCUACAACCGUUUGAUUUUCCGAGCUUGUGCCGAUCUACGGCUGAUCUCCUUAUCCAGAUCCGGUGCAAUUCACGUCAUCUGGCCUUGUAAUAUAGUUCACAUGGCAAAUCGUAGACUGAGUUGAUCCAAGUCCUUCCAGGCGUGUCUCUCAGCCAGAGGCCUACCACCAUUCACUGGUUUAGGUGUGCUGAGAAAUCUCAGCAGAGCCUGGAUAGCUGAUGAAUUAGAAUGCCUCGGUAACAAUGAAUGGGUUGUUGGAAGGUCAGUGAGCAGCCCUGGACCACUUGCUGAUGUGUAACAAAGUAAAUGCGAGGUGUGGCCUUCUGUGUGAGGCCGAGCUGGACAUGUCACGAGUCUCGUCAUCUACGACCAAGCGAAUCGGGAACUACUCGAGCAGUACCUUCACCAGCCCACACUAUGGCUCUUCGUACCACAGCUACAACCCCAGUCUGGGCACCACCUACAUGGACAAGGACAAACUCCUCUACAAACCGGGGUACACUAGCUACGUCCCCCGCGCCACCUCUGGGAGGGCAGCGAACAAAUAUACCUUGGAGGUGGACCGGGGCCGGCAGCUCCCUCGCCCCGAGGCACUGAGUCGGCGCAGUGAGAGCUUGAGCCGGGCUCCCUUCAAGGCCUUUCCUAGUGGGUUAAGUGGUGGAUAUUCCAGCACCUACGGUUACAGCACAGGGAGCGGCCAUUCCACCUACACCUCGCCUGGAUGGUCCCUGAGUCGCAGGAAGUCGAUCAGUCAGACGGACUUGAACCGGGACCUGCUGAACCUCCACAUGGUGGACACCUACCAGAUAAACACUGUGAAGAGCCCCCCGCUUACUCGACACAACGCAGACCCGCACCAGGGCUCCCGUAGGAGUGAUGCUGCAGAUGCUUACUGCACCAAGGGCUCUGGUGCUUAUGCCCUGCCCCGCAGCGUGACACAGGAGACCAUAACAGCUUCGUUCAAGAACACGGACCGCUUCAGCCCAGCGUGGGAGAGGAGCGGGAGCAGCAGCAGCUGUGGGUCACCUGUCCGAGAGUCGCCAAAUUCUAAAACCAGCCAGGGGCUUGUGGGACUUCGGAAUCUGGGCAACACUUGCUUCAUGAACUCUAUCUUGCAAUGUCUGAGCAACACCCGGGAGCUGCGAGACUAUUGUAUUCAGAACACCUACCGGCGAGAGCUCAACAACCGGAGUCGCACUAACACAGCACUCAUGGAAGAAUUUGCAAAGCUGCUCCAGGCUCUUUGGACAUCCCCCAGCAACGACCCCAUCAGUCCUUCUGAAUUCAAAACACAAAUCCAGAAAUACGCCCCACGAUUUGUGGGUUAUAAUCAACAGGACGCCCAGGAAUUUCUCCGUUUCCUGCUAGACGGGCUUCACAAUGAAGUGAACCGAGUGUCAGUGCGAUCCAAAGCUAUGGUGGAGGACUUGGACCAUCUGAAUGAUGAUGAAAAAGGUAGAAGAAUGUGGAAGAAAUACCUCGAGAGAGAAGACAGUAGGAUUGUAGAUCAUUUUGUGGGCCAAUUAAAAAGCUCUCUAACCUGCAGUGAGUGCGGCUACUGUUCCACAGUCUUUGACCCCUUCUGGGACCUGUCACUACCCAUCUCAAAGAAAGGCUAUGGUGAAGUUUCGUUGAUGGAUUGUAUACGAUUGUUCACCAAAGAGGAUGUUCUGGAUGGAGAUGAAAAACCAACAUGUUACAGAUGCAAAGUCCGAAGAAAAUGUACCAAGAAAUUCACAAUCCAGAAAUUCCCGAAGAUCCUUGUGCUUCAUUUGAAGCGAUUUUCUGAAGCACGGGUUCGUACUAGUAAACUUUCUACCUUUGUAAAUUUUCCCCUGAAGGAUCUUGACCUUCGAGAGUUUGGUUCUGAGAACAGUGUUCAUGCAGUUUACAAUCUCUAUGCAGUGUCCAAUCACUCGGGCACCACCAUGGGUGGCCAUUACACUGCAUAUUGCAAAAACCCUCAGUCUGGAGAAUGGUACAACUUCAAUGACUCCAGGGUGACCCCAAUGUCAUCGAGCCAGAUAAGGACAAGUGAUGCCUAUGUUUUAUUCUAUGAACUCUCCUGUCCUUCCUCUCGGAUAUAACGAUCUCCGGACAUGAAAGAAUGGGGAAAGCAAAGCAGCUUAAAAGCACUGUCUCACACCAAUGGCGAUAUUUUUAAGUGAUCUCUUGUGUCCUUGAUAUCGUAAACAACACAAAGUUCCUGCCUACAACAAGCAACCACCCCAAGGAGAUGCUGAACCAACUAAUGUCCAGAUGGAUUGCACCAGGACUGAGAGGGGGAGAGUGGGUGGAGGUGGGGAUGCGUGUUGGCGGAAGGCUACACAAAAGGGCUGUUUCUGAAAUUAGGGGAUCACCAGUCCUGCUGCCAUUGACAGUUUUUUUCAAAGUACACACCAGCAUCUGAUGCAGAGCAACUCAAGCUCGGAUCAACAACUUACUGAAGAAAUGCCGCCCACAGCAGUGAGCUGCUGAUUCUGCACCAGCGUCUCUCCUCUCUGUACUGUCUUGGAGUAUGUUUAUUUUCAGAAGCAAAAAUUUUCUUGCAAGUCUUUUGAAACAUUAAAACCACAAAUUGUUACAGAGAGGGAGAAAGACGGUUUGUUGGUAUUUCAAAUCCUCCGAGUUGCAAGCAAGAAAAUUGGGCUCAGGAGAAUAUUUAAAUUUAUUUAUUUUUUUUGGUUCUGUUGCAGUGACUUGCCUGUGGCACAUUGGUUAGAACCAUCAUCAUCUGAGGGAUGAGUGUUCCUUGGCCCCCAAUCUGCUCUCUCAAACUGGGGACAUUCUCCCUCCCACCGUUUCUGUGAUACCUGCAUUUUAAAAUAUGAAAAAUUUCUCACACUUCAUUGAUUGAAAUACCAUUUUAGACUUAAGUUAGAAUUAACCAUCUCUGAAUUAAGUUUAGGUGUUACCUAAAGAGGACUAUCUAUGUGGACUGACAGGAGUAACAUUUAUUUGCCUGAGUUAAUCAUUUAUAUCUCUGAAUCCUGCAGGGAAUUUUCUCUGAUCCCUAUUUGGAGCUGAACUAUCACACAGAGUUGAUUAUAGUUAACAAAGACCUAGCCUCUUCCCAGAGAGAAUCCUUCUUGAUAACAAGUCUUUGCCCUUUCAAACAAGGAUCCCGAGUUUCUGGUUAAGAAAUUGGUACCAAGACAACCACUUUAUUGGGUCAGUUGUUCUAGCUUUGGUCAUUUCUUCCCAGUGAAAAGCUCGGCAGCCAGAAUAUUGAGUAGUUGGUCAACAGAAUUCAAGCAAACAGUUUUUCUUUGUUCAUGUCAAGCCUAUGUUUGGUAUUACGGGAAGCACUCAACAGUGACACUCUCUCUUGAAUUUUGGCAGCCUUCUUUCUCCUCUGCCCUCAUUCCCCAGUUACCCAGCCACCAUACUACUUAAAAGAAUAUGCAGCACCACAUUUUUAAAAAGACAGGAUUGCAUGUUUGUUGAUCUUGCUUUCUUGCUGUUUGAUAUACACCUCUUCCUCACUCUUCACCCCCCUCAAUGCACCCACCAGGUUUCAUUUCCUUAAUAUACAACUCAGUUCAGGAGAAUAGGGCAUUGGGCUGAGGAUUUAACUAUAUCCUCCAUCCAGUACAUCAUUAGGCCAGUACUGGCCUCCUGUAGGCAUUUUAACUAUGCCAAGACUUCUUGGGGCUGAGGCAUUGCAUACCUUCGUGAUUCCUGUUUCAACCAACUACUCGCAACAGAUGUCCCAUCAGGUCAUUUUUGCUGGAUUUAAAUGUUGCAUUCCUAACAGAUUUGCUUUGGUUUUGACUGCUUCCAGUGGCUUACCGUUCUGAUGGUGAAUAUGUUGAUUUGAUCUGUGAGGCAAGUGGUCAUAUGGAAUCACAGAGAGAUUAGUUUCAGCUAAAACGGAUUACAGAGAUUGUGGUAUUGGAAGUGAUUUGAAGCAUCUCCUUUCCAUGACAUUCUGUGAUUGAGAUUUUUUUUGCUGCUCUUCCCGAGUUGUGAGGUCUGAUCCGACCCGCGGUGAUUUCAGAAACCCGCUCACUGCCUAGUGACACUUACUAGCACUUUGAUCCCUCCCUAUAUUAAAAAAAGGGGGAGGAAAGAAAGCAGUCAUCGCAGUGGAAAGCACUAGGUCUUAUUUGUUUAAAUCAGGGAGAACGGGGUAAAAAUAUCCACUGAUUUCACCCCAUUGACUUACUUCUCUCCGCUUCUUGUUUCUCGCUGUACUCGGACUGACUAUGUGUGUCCGGCCGUUUUCUUUCCACUUUCUAUAUGUUUAUCCACCCAUCUCCAAGUCUCCCGGAUUGUUCUACAAUCCCCGAAUCACACCUGCCCGCUGCUACAGGUCUGCCAGAGCGGUAUUGCUGCUCUCCUCACCCGUGUCGUGGUCUGCCCGCCCAAAACUUCAUAGUCGGAGAGGGGGCACAUUUAUGGUCGACAUUAACACAAUGUGCCCUCCUGUUACUCAAACUCCCCUUCAAAAGUCAUCAUCUAACAGGGCUUUUUAAUUAUAAGGAUCUUAUUAAAGAAGACUCAAGUUUCCAAAUUUUUAACUCUAUAAACUAAUGCAUGGAGACGUGAUGACUGUUCUAUUUUGAUAUGUCGUGGGUUUAUGGAUUUAUCUUGUUUACCGUGUAAACAAGCACUGGAUUUAUUUUAUAUUGUGUACAGUGAGGAGUUGUACAUAAAAAAUUAACUAUAUAUAUAGUAUCUAGAAGAACAGCUGUGUGUACAUGCGCAGUAUAAAUAUAUCUAUAUAUAAACUUACGUUUUGGGAUGACAGCCUGGUGAUUGGGUACUAAACAGCGAUCUUUGACCUUGAUACCCUAUGAAAACCUGUUUGGUGUUUGUGUAAUUUAAAAGAAGAAUGUUCCUCUUGAAACUCGACCCUCUCGGGUUCAGAAGAAUGUGGCUUGGGCUAGUUUGCAGGCAGCUGUGGGCACUGUUCCCAAGCGAGGUAAUGCAUUCUGCGUUGAACUUGGUUUGCUUUUCUCGGUGCAUUAUGGAUUUUGGUUUUAAUCCCCUUGAUCUGAUUCCGAUCCUCCCCCUAAGGUCAAUAGCGUGUGAAAAAAUAUAUUGAUUUGUUUCGGGCUGUUUCAGUCACGAUAUUAUAACAAGUUUCAACGUUGUCCUCAACAUCUCUAGAAUUAAGUUCUCUAGAAAAGAUCAAAACAGGAAUAUGGAGGUGGAUCUUGUAUCCUCAAAAUCAACUGGUGCACAUUUGAUAAUAGACAAAACGCGGACGACCAAUGCAGUGGCACAUUUCAUCUGCUUUGGCCGCAGCAAUUGAUCAGAGGACUUUUGACUGUCCCGAACCAAUCUACAUUUUGGUAGCAAAACUAUAUUCUGGACCUAAAGAAACCGGAUAAACAAAUCCCAGGGAAAGUUUACAGAUAGUCGCAACUGUUGUGUAAAAACAAAAGGGUUUUAUUUCUCUGUUGAUGUGAAUCUUUUCACCGUCAAUCGGAAUCUGUCCUGCCGGAGAAUGUCUAAACCUUCUAAAGUUAAAGGCAUGGGUAGGAGGAUUAGUUUUGUUUUGUUACGAAGAGAGUGGUAGACAUGUGGAAUUUACUGCCUGGAAAGUGUAAUAUAAGGCAGACAAGUGUAACUUAUCCCGUUUAAAAAGCACCCAGUUGUACAUUGAAGAACCGUGGCCUGCAGUUUGGGACCUGGAGCAAGAAGGUGGGAUUGGGCCGAUUGGCACUUUUUUUGACCGGCAGAGACACGAUGGAUCCAAUGGCUCCCCUUCUCUGUCUCAAAUUUUCCAGAAUUCCCCUGUACACCAAAGCUCCUAUGUUCCAGUAAUACAAAGUGUUGGUACUGAAUCGAGUCCAUAGGCUGUCGGGGGCGGGGGGUGGGGAAUGAGUAGAUGGGGUCCCCGUGAUGGUCACUUAUUCCUGCUUGGUUACAGAGCACCAGGAACGUAAAUUGCUUGGUCGCCUAGCUCUUACAGUGGCAGAAGGGGGGAAAGAGGCAACAUAUAAUCCUCGGGGCUCAGAAUUGGAGCUUGGAUUUGCAAUGAUUAUGGGGAGCUGUGAACAGUGACUGAUUACCGCGAAAUUAAUGCAAGUUACAGUCAGCAGAUUCCUCACACUCAGCCACACUCCUUAACCAUCGGUAUUAAUUUCUUGUAUUGUUUUCUUUUAACUGGAAUGUUCUGUAACAAAAAACAAAUCGCGGAAUCUGCCCUUUGCUAUUAAAGCGGUGCACCGAUGGUUAGUAAGUUUAAUGCGGUAAGUUUAAGGUCACUAAAGGGCGUGCGCAUGUAUUUUUUAAAGACCACUUUUGAAAAUAAAAAUAAAACACUGAAU